AUGGAUAACGAACAGUUUUUAAAUUCAGUGCUGCUUAAUACUUUUAUUAUUAAGAAGAAACGCUGCAGAGUUUAUUUUCACAAAGGAACUCUCAUUUGGGAGACCGAAAGACCACCUUACAUAAGGUGGACACUGCCGCUGACAGAUGCCCUGGCUGUUAAUUACGGUGAUGAUUAUAUCCCAGAGACGAGGAUUAAAGAAAAGGAUCCAGAUGCUAUCGGUGCUUCAUCACCGACCAGUUUCAUUCUUCACUAUGCAGCGAGAGGCCCAAAAAAUCGUUGGAGCCAUCACAAUGUUGUGAUGAGUCAUACCGAUCCAAGACAAGUGGCUUCUUGGGUGAAAACUAUAAGGAAUUAUUUACUAAGUAUUGCUCACCGACCGAGGCGAAUAAUUGUAUUCGUAAAUCCAUUUGGAGGCAAAAAGAAAGGCAACAAGAUAUGGGAGAAACAAGUACAGCCGCUGAUGAAAAUAGCUGGUGUUGAGACUAAAACUAUAAUCACCGAGAGAGCUGGACAUAUUCAUGAUUGUUUGCUCAAUUCUAACUUGGAUGACAUUGAGGCAGUAGUUUGCGUCGGUGGUGACGGAACAUUUGCGGAAGUAUUCAACGGCCUGAUACUGCGAGCAGCUAAAGAUCACCAAGUCGAUCCAAAUAAUCCUGAUGUAACGCUUCCAACGCCAAAGUUACCCGUUGGUGUGAUCCCAAGCGGAAGUACUGACACAGUUGCUUACAGUCUUCACGGUACCACGGACAUCCAAACAGCCGUGAUCCACAUAAUAUUCGGUGACACUGCGGGCCUGGACAUCUCUUCAGUCCACGGCGAUAGAACACUCCAGCGGUUGUACGCCAGCGUCCUCAGCUACGGCUACCUCGGAGAUGUGAUUCGCGACAGCGAGAAGUUCCGCUGGAUGGGGCCCCAGCGGUACGAUUACUCCGGGUUCAAGAAGAUAAUCGCGAACCGUGGUUAUGAAGGAGAAAUAGAAUUACUCUCAGAUCCUUGUCAUCCAGCAGCAAGUACUCGCUGCAUGAAAAAUUGCACUCGCUGCAUCCGACACAUGCACAACAGCAUCGCUGAUAAGGAAAUUGCGAGGUGGCUCACAGUUAGAGGGAAGUUUUUUAUGGUGAACGGUGCUAAUGUCUCAUGUGCUUGCUCAAGAAGUCCUCAAGGAUUCAGUCCACAUUGUCACAUUGGGGAUGGCUGCAUUGAUAUUAUUCUAGUCCGACAUACGUCAUUGUUUAAUAAUAUUAGAAUGCUGCUAAGAUUGACCAGUAAAAAUAAAACUGUUUAUGACUUACCAUUUGUUGAAGUAUACCGAGCCCGUGAAUUUACAUUCCGAGCAUCAUCCACAACAGAAUCGUCAAAUGACACGACUGUUAACACUAGCUCACAAUUAAGCGUCUGGAAUUGCGACGGCGAAGUACUUCAACACGCUGACAGUGCACAUUGUAAAAAUAUUUUCGUACUUAAAUCUUUCCACUAUACGAACGAAUCGUGA